AUGGCACCAACCGCAGUUAGCUGGAGCACUACCUCCCAGGUGAGUGACCUUUCCGGCCUCGUUCUGCAGAACCAACGACCCAUCCCCGAACUGGGAACCAAGGACGUUUUGGUGGAGCUUCGGGCUGCUUCUCUCAACAAACGUGACCUCGUCGUUGCAAAGGGCCAAGGCGGUUUAGUUGCACCCCCAGGUGUCAUUCCAGGUUCCGAUGGCGCGGGAGUCGUGGUCAAAGUAGGAAGCCAAGUUCAAACCCUCCAACCAAACGACAAAGUCGUCACGCACAUGGUCCCGGACAAGUUCCCAAACGAUGCUACCCCUCCCUUAGGGGAUGACGAGCUCCCAGGGUGGAACCACAUCUGUGCUGGGUUGGGUCAGGAAAUGAAUGGCACAUUGACUACUUAUGGCAUCUUCCCCGAGAGCUGUCUGGUCAAGUUUGGGGAUGGGAUGAGCUUCGAAGAGGCGUCUACUCUGAGCUGCUCCGGAAUCACAGCGUGGAACUCACUCAUGGGCCUCGAAGGAAAACAGGCCAAGAAGGGAGAUUGGGUCCUGGUUCAGGGAAGUGGUGGCGUGAGCGUCGCCGCGUUGCAAUUUGCCGUUGCGGUUGGCGCUACUGUAGUUGCUACUACAAGCAGUGAGGAGAAAGGCUCGAGGCUCAAGGCUCUGGGUGCGAGCCACAUUGUCAACUAUCGCCAGACGCCAUCGUGGGGUGCUGUUGCCAAAGAACUGACUCCUUCUGGCCGCGGGUUCGACAUCGUUGUGGACGUGGGUGGAAAUGCCACACUGCCCCAAUCGGUGGCUGCUGUGCGACGAAAUGGUGUGAUAACCGUCAUUGGUAUGAUUGGCGAAGCAGAUGUUGAGCCAACCCCGAUGAUGGCCGUGCUCUUCGUCGCUUGCGUUGUCAGGGGUAUUUUGCUAGGGUCAAGGGAAAUGAUGAGAAGCAUGGUUAAAUUUGUUGAGGACAACGACAUCAAACUAGCACUCGACGACGAGGUCUUUGCGCUUGCAGACGUAAAGGACGCUUUCAAAAGGCUAGAGGAACAGAAGCACUUUUCUAAAGUGGUGAUACAGAUUCCAGGUAAGAUAUAG